AAUUAGUUCCAGGGCCAAUAAAUCCACCCACCCUCCCAACCGUACUCAAAACACAAGAAAUUGAGAGAGAGAGAGAGAGAGAGAGAGAGAGAGAGAGAGAGAGAGAAUGGUGGUGAAGGUGUAUGGUGCAGGAUAUGGUUCAGCAAAGCGUGUGAUCGCUUGUCUCAUUGAGAAAGAGAUUGAAUUUGAGACCAUUCCGAUUGACCUCCUCAAAGGGGAGCACAAACAUCCCCACUUUCUCCAACUACAGCCCUUCGGAGUUGUUCCUGUCAUUCAAGAUGGAGAUUACACCUUAUUUGAAUCGCGGGCUAUCAUAAGGUACUACGCGGAGAAGUACAAGGCCCAGGGGACUGAUCUGCUCGGGAAGACGAUAGAGGAAAGGGGAGUGGUGGAGCAAUGGCUAGAAGUGGAAGCUCACAACUUCCAUCCACCAGUUUACAACUUAGUCCUCCACACACUCUUCAGCUCAAAGCUAGGGUUUCCAGCAGACCAAAAGGUGAUCCAAGAGAGCGAAGAGAAGCUUGGGAAGGUUUUGGACAUCUACGAGGAGAGGCUUUCGAAAUGCAGGUAUCUGAGUGGGGAUUUCUUCAGCAUUGCUGACCUUAGCCACCUCCCUUUCACCCAGUACCUGGUUGGUGACCUGGGGAAAGAGCACAUGAUAAGGGGUAGGAAGAAUGUGAGCAAAUGGUGGGAUGAUAUUAGCAACAGGCCAUCUUGGAAGAAAGCCUUGGAUGUGUGCAACCCUUGAAAUUAAGUGUCCAAAGUCAUAUUGUGAGUUGGUCCUCGUAGCCAACCAGUACUUCGACUGGUUUGAGCGGGGGAAAUAAUGGAGGCGCAACCUAAGAUUUUAAGAUGUUCCAGUUCUAGUCAAAGCUGAAAUCAAUUUAAGUUUGAGUCUAAGUGUUCGUUUAGUUGACAGUCCAAGAGUCAUUCUUCAAUCAAAGAGUCAUUGAGUCGAUCAAAAAGUCUCUUUAAAUUCUACAUAGUCUUCCUAAUUUUUAGUUUUCAAUUAUAGUCUUGAAGGUUUAAGUUUAUUUACCUAUGUUUGGAGGGAUGAUCCAAGGAGUCCUAUAGAAUCCUUUGCUAUGAAUGAACUGAGUAGUGAGUGUUUUGAGUUUAA